GCGCUUCCCCAACAACCACAACAACAACGACAGCAACAGUAGCAUUCACUGCGAACAUAUAACAUAUGUGAGGCAGGCAUAGAAGCGUGCAUACCCUUGGUGUGUGCUGGGCUAGAUAGAGGCCGGGAACGGGGUCGAGCAGGGGAUUGUUGUAUGGGCAGUGAAAGCAUUUUUUAUAUUAAUUUUAUUCCGUUCCGUGGGUUUCAUUACCAUCUUCUGGUGUUGGUGUCGGCAUGGGAAAGAGGCAGCAGGCGGGUGGUAGAAAAGGGAAGGGAGACAACCGCAAUGUAAAUAAAAUGUUUGUUGUCGGUAUUAUUUUAUUGCACUUUUUACUCGCUGCUGUACCGUGAUGUGCAUGCGAGGCAAAAAUUUGCGAACAAGCUGAUUGAAGUAGGCUGGUGGCUGGUGGGAUGGGUUGGAUGGUGGAAGUGGGAGCAGGAAAAGCGUGGGGGGCAAUGUUUUUCCAUCAAGACACGCGCGCCGAGAUAAUCUACGGUAAUCUACAGUAAGCCCGUGACCAAGUAAAUAUGAUUUUUGCAAAGUGACCGAAACAGGUGGACCGACACACAAACACACGCACACACACACACACACAGAAGCACUGUAAGGGAGAGAUAGUGGCGGUAGAAGGGUGUGUGACGAGCGGAUGGGAAGCGUAGAUGCAGUUGGGGAUGGACAAACGAACGUUAGAGUCGGAUUAGUUUUCCCCCCUGGUUUUGCUAGCUGUGUGGAGUUUUUUCGUCUCGCUUGUUCGGGUGUGUUUUGUGCGCUUUCGUCCGAGUCGUUCCAUCUCUCACCUGCUGCCGCCUGGUUGAAACGCCUAACGACAUAGAUGGAGGAUGGCGGCAGCAUCAUCGAACAACAGCAACGGCACCGGCACCGGCACCAUCACCACAGCCUCCACCACAAACAGCAACAAUAUUCACAUCGAAACGGAUGAAUUCAUCAAGAAGAGCCGGGUGACGCGCGCUGCACCGCCCAAACCGGCCUACGAUCCGCUUCAGUUCGUGCAGAUCAAACCGGCCAAGCUGUACGAUCCGAGCAAGGCCAAACCGUCGACCGAGCGCAAGGCGCAGGUGGAGGUGAAGGCGCACCGGGAGGUCGAGGAUGCGGAGGAAUGGCAGUGCAAUCUGGACAAUUGGAAGUCGUCGCGCAGGAAACGGGUGGAGCACAUUAUCGACAAGAUCACCGAGGCGAAGAAGAUCGAGCAGGAGGAGGUGUGCCGUGGCCGUAAAAAGUCGAAAACGUUUUCGGAAAUGCUGGAAAACAGUGGAUCGAAGCGACGCUUUAUUCUGCCGGAGAACGAGGACGACGACGAGGGUGGCAGCUUUAGUGACGAUCUGCAUGAUUCGAGAGAUUCAUCUAAACAGCAGUACAAGGAUGAAUCGACGGACGAUCGUGCGACGGAUGACACGAGCAGCUGCUGCUCGUCCAAGCUCGCCGACGGUGAAUUGAAAACACCGGAUCCGGACGAUACGCGAGAAGCGCCCGAAAUGAACGAAUUCUCGCUCGCGAUCGAAAACUACAAGUCCAAAUUUCCCAUGACACAGCACCGGGUGGUAAGCGGCAAUAGCAUUGUGACGACAACGAGCACCAGCAUCACUACCACCAACACGUCCGUAGUUAGCUCAAUUGAAAGCAAUAGUUACGAUCAUUAUGAAAGCAAUAGCAGCGACGCGCAUGAACAGCCGAUGGAGUGUAUUACGCAGAAGCUUUCAUCGCUUGAGGUGACGGAAAAGCGGGCAGGAGAGAAUCCCGGUUCGCUGCUGGUGUCGAUUGAACCGAUGGAGAGCCGGAUGAGUGUGGGUAUCGACCGGGAGCAGCAGCAGCAGCAGCAGGAACAAAGUCAGGAAGAAAGUCCAAAGGUGAACGUGAUCGAGCGGCGAAGGUUGUUCGAGCAGUUUCAACAAAUGCAAGCCCUCGGCGCGGCCGAUACGAAACCGUCGUGUGCAGCACCUACGCUGACCGCUGGAGGACAGCAGGAACGGUCGAUGGAGGACAACUCAUCGUCCUCGAACGAGGAACCCGGCGGAGGAGGCAGUGCCACCUCCUCGUCCGAAUGGUUCGCUGCGGGCAGCAUCCGGGAACGGCGGGCAAUCUUCGAGCGGUAUCAAUCGAACGAAAUGAUAGCGGAAGAGCACGAUCAGCAGCAGCUACUGCACGUGGGUGGCCGCAGCCGCAGCAGCAGCAACACGGUCGUGGUUAAGAGCCGCUCGGAAUCAAACGUUGGCUUUAUUAAUGGGAGUACGGGACGGUUCGAGCUAGCGUUAAAUCAGCUGAAACGGAACGGGGGCGCCGACUACUGCGAGGACAGUGGCAUCCAGUCGACGACGGAUCUGUCGCGCAGCUCGAUGGUGUCGCAGGCGGACGAGAACGAUCCGCCCUCGCUGUUGCUGCUACUGCCGGACGAUGGGGCGGCCAAGAGUCCCGCCCGGUCGGCGACGCUCGACUCGGCGAGUGAAUUUUCCGACACGGACUGCAGCAAUGGACAGCUACUCGACAAUGCACUCGAUGUGGCGUUCGAAGAGAUGGACAGCGAGCUAAACGAGUCCGGUACCGUGGAAGAUCAUGCGGUACCGGAAGAACAAGAGCUUGCUGCCGCCCACCCGGAAGCGGAAAUAGUCCCUUUAGCCGUAGUCCCGCUAGCGACGAACAAUGAUGAGCCCUUGAACGACGAGCAGCUGGUACUGAUGGCUUUACCGAAAUCAGCCCUUACCCCACCGAAAGAGAAGCCGCCGCCGCCGCCGGUAGACGAUGAUGCGGAGCUGGAGAUUCAAACGUUAUCGGCCGGUUCGGUAAUAACGAGCUGGAUGCAGAAAGAUGCAGUACCAGCACCAGUCGCCAUCACGCUGCAGACAAACGGAAAUACUCCUCACUCGGCUAUGAUGACUGCCGAACACGAGCAGAACAUGAGCCACGCGUUUGAUAAUGGCCACCGGCAGCAGCAGGAACUUCUAGGAGAUGUGGAGCAGUGGAGAAGUCUGGAGAGUUAUGAGGUAGUGCAGCAGGUGCAGCAUCAGCAACAGCAGCUUAAGCAACUCGAACAAGAGAAGGAACAGGAGCGGGACAAAGAUCAGCAAGAAAUGUUGGUAUAUAGCAAUAGGAUCGAGACACUACCACCACAUCACCAUCCGCUGUACGAUCCUGGCGAGCACGAGGAAAUAGUAAGCGUAGAAAGGGAGCUGCUACAGAUCGAACAGGAGGAACUGCAGCGGAGAAGAGAGAAGCAGCUAUUCUACGAGAAGCUAACGAAAGCAGACACAGCCCAACAGCAACCUCAGCACUUGAUUCCAGUACAGCAGCAAUCUCAGCAUCGUCAACCGCAACAGCAGCAGCAGCAGCAGCAACCGCAACAACCGUACUACUACUCUCAUCACCUUCCCCAUCAAACCCAUCAUCACAAUCUCCAUCACUUGCAUCAUCGUGCUUCCAUGCCGGCCAUCGAUAGUCGAUCGUUACAGAACGUCAAUUCGUACGCUUCGUACGAAACCCCCUUUCUGGACGAUGCCAACACCGGGUACGAGAUGGGAUCUUUGCAUCGUGAAUCCAUGCCAAACCUGUCGCACGUUGCCGCCUCAUCCUCCCAUCCGUCUUCGCUGUCCUCGUACGGGGAGGAGUAUUCGGCCAAUUCAGCUAUCAGCUUCGACGGAACGUGUUGGCCACCGGCGAUAGACCAUCGACAUGCACAGGGCCAUGCGUUUUUGGACAAGCGUCCUGCGGUAGCGCCGCGCCCGACGAUGAACGGUGUGCCGGAUCGAACCUCACUGCCACCGGGCGUCCCGAGAUACCACGGUGGACAGCAACGAAUGUCUAACAAUAUGUUUGAGCAACAUCCCAAAGAUAGUAAACAAAUUACACAGCAGCAAGCGAUGUUAAGCCGUGGUCAGGGAGCAAACAACACUACGCCGUAUGGGCAGCACUGGCUGGUGCAAGAGGCAGAACAGCGACGCAUCGAGCAGCAUCAGAAGAGCAACAAUAACAAUAACAACGCCAAACGGCCAUUGCCAAAGUUUGUCAUCGAUGCGAUUACGCAGCGUGUCCAGAAGCUAAACGCAGGAAGUCCGGAAAAUUCGGACCGUAGCAAUUUAUCGGAGGACUCGGAUCUGGCAAUGAUAAACUCGAUGAAGCAUCAUCACCAUCAUCAGUCCCAGUCGAUGGUGCCGCCACCGUCCCACCAUCAUCCGCACCAUCAUCAACAGCCUCUUCCGCCACCAAUUCCACCCCAGCAGCAGCAGCAGCAGCAGCAAAAAUAUUCCAACACGAGCGACAAAGUGUUGAGCGUGAGCGGAAAAAAGGAAUGCUCCCAUUGCCGAAUAGAGUUGGGCAAAGGUGCAGCGAUGGCCAUCGAAAGCCUGGGACUGUUCUACCACAUCGAAUGCUUCAAAUGCUGCGUUUGUCACGUAAAGCUCGGGGACGGCACCAACGGUAUAGAUGUACGCGUUAGAAAGUAUCGACUUCAUUGCCAAAACUGUUUCUCUAGUGAAGACGGUGUAAAGUUUAGUUGCGUUUAGGUAAGGCAGCAAGAAGGAAAAGGGUAAACAAAAGUUAAGGAGAGUGUGAGAGAGAGAGAGGGAGGAAGAACGAGUAGAAACAAUAAUUUAUUAUCCCCAUGCCUUCCCCAUUCCCUCCAAACCAAACUCAUCGUGCCCUCGAACUACUAUUACUAAUCCAAUUAUAUUUGUACGAAGAGCCUUGAAUUUACUACGAUUAUUACUUACUUAUUAUGGAUUACGAUGUUUAUUAUCGAUUAUGUAUGAUUCUAGGUAUUUGUUCGUUUCAAUAAAAAAGCAAUAACUGUGAAAUGAA